CCUUCACUGCAGCUCAUGAUGGUUUAAAAGGACAGUAUCGAGUGGUGUUUGAUCAGCAUUCGUGUGCUGGUUGUAUGAGCAAAGAGUAACAAUAAAAAAAGACAUCCUCCUAGCAUUUCUUAAUUGUUUCUGUGCCGCUUCACGCAAAAGAAACGAGUGACAAAAAAACGCCAACACUUAAAGUAAACAUCACAAAUUCGCCCGCCAUGAACGUUGUGGCUAUUUUAGCAUUCCUUGUUGCAGUUGCCUCGGCUGCCCCUCAUGUUAAUCGCGGAUCAGAUUAUUCUACAGCAGAAGCUGAUCCAUAUACGGCGGUUCAAACACCUUACCUUAACUAUCCAUUUAGUACAUCCGAUGGAUCUGAAGAGGAUGACGAAGUUCACCGACAAUGGAACGCUUUCCUUAUUGAUUACCUUCCAAUGCUGACGAAAACGGGUGUUGCACCUGGAACGUACGCUGGUACGUAUCACAGCGCGCCCACAUACAUCGCUGGACCACCUGGUCCCGCCGGUCCGAAAGGAGACACCGGAGACAGAGGUGAACCCGGCGCACCCGGUGCAGUUGGCCCCCAAGGUCUACCUGGUUUCGAUGGAGCAACUGGACCUCAAGGAGAAAAGGGUAACGAUGGUACUCCUGGACAAGAUGGUGCGCAUGGCGAAAAGGGAGAGAAGGGAGAUUCAGGAUCCGAUGGCGCACCUGGAUCAGAUGGCUCCCCUGGAGCUCCAGGAAAAGACGGUGAACGCGGACCACAAGGACCUCAAGGACCUAAAGGUGAAACUGGUGCUCCUGGUCAAACGUACGUCACUGCCGGACCACCAGGAACUCCUGGACGUGAUGGUAAAGACGGAACCCCUGGUGCUCGAGGUUAUGCUGGACCCCAAGGACCCCAAGGUCCAUCUGGAAAAGACGGAGCUCCUGGUCCAAAAGGUGACACUGGCUCUAAAGGAGAGAAAGGAGAUUCCGGAUCCCCUGGAGCUCCAGGUAAAGAUGGACGCCCUGGUGCACCCAGUUACGUAGCCGGACCUAAAGGACCUCAGGGACCAGCUGGUACUCCAGGUGCUCCUGGUAAAGAUGGCGUUAAUGGAUUUCCAGGCUCCCCAGGCAAAGACGGAAACGAUGGCGCUACUGGUCCCCAAGGACCACGGGGCGAAAAAGGAGAUAGCGGAAAAGAUGGUAUGCCUGGUCCUCAAGGAGAAACAGGUCCUCAAGGACCCGCUGGUUAUCCUGGACCUUCAGGCCCUGAAGGACCUAGUGGACCUACUGGGCCCGUUGGUCCAGAAGGACCUUCUGGACCAGAAGGAAGACCCGGUUCUAAUGGAAACGAUGGUCAACCAGGCUCCACCGGACCUAUGGGACCUACUGGACCUGUUGGACCAAAGGGAUUACGGGGAAUGCCAGGACCACAAGGACCUAAGGGUAGCAUGGGACCGAUCGGCUACACUGUUAUGACCGAAGGCGAAUCGUACGGCCAAAACACUGGAUCUGCUGCAUCGGGAAUGUAUCUACCUGCUGGUGGUUAUGAAACAGCCGGGUCCUACGGAUUCCGAAAUUCUGGCUACGGCGUACCUCAGAACUGGUAUCAGUCCUCAAGCUAUCAGAGCGGCAGUCAGUCCUCAACCUAUGAGGGCGAGGGUCAGUCUUCCAACAAGUCUGACGAAGAGAGGGCUUAAGUGUCAAGAAAAACUGGAUGAAAAUGUGCAAUCGCCGUUCAUCUUUCUUAACCGAAAAUCAUAAAACAAAUUAUAAUAUUUAUAUAAUCACAGAAAAUAUUAUAUUCAUGCAAACUUGUUUGCUAUACUCAUUCCUUUCUGAAAGACGCUUUAGAUACAAUAACCGUCACGGCAAAAUAUGACAGUGAUUAAUAAACGCUAAUUUAAAACAG